AUGGCACCCGACUCUACCGCAAGCGCGACGCAACAGCUCGCUAGCGUCGAGUUCUACAAGGCGCUAUCUCCCCACUUCCAGCGCGUCUCUCACAUGGGCGCGCCGUUUUCCGCCUCGCCGAUGCGACGAAGCAGCUCCUGGGCGCGCCGUUCGUGCGCUGUGAGCCUGUCGUGCGACUCCUGCGCAAAGUCUGCGAGACACGUCCUGAGCUGUUGAAACUGGUCUGCGCCUGCACCACGCGACUCUCCCGUGGGGAGAGUGUGCGCGAGCGGGUCGGGCGAGCUCGUCGCUCCACACGGCCUCCCGUUGGGCCAUGGCCCGCGUGCAGUUCGCGUCGGUUGGACGCGCUGUGCGAUGAGGCGACCGGCGUGAGGAAGGCCGGGAGGGAGACGAGUGUGAGAUGCGUAGGGAGAUGAGGAAGGUGAGGCCGUUUGCAAGGUUAAUGGCGGCGACGUUGAACGCCGGGUUGUCGCACGUGAGGACAGAAUUGAGGGUGGAGGCGGCUAGGGAGACGGCAGAGAUACUGGAGGCGGGGAAGGUGGGAGGGAAGGUUGUGUUUGGCGGAGAGCGGAAUCCGAUGGAGGCGCUCAAGGAACUGGUAGGGGUUGUUAAGUCGGACAAGGCGAGGAGGGUAAGGGUGACACAAGCGGUGGCGGCAACGAAUUGGUAACCUUGUAUUGCUGUGUAUCAUGCAUGUAUCCUAUCAAACUACCGCCAAUUACACGACACCUGUCCCUAUCAUUUCUCACAACCAUGCUGAAAUUCUCUUCACUAAAACUCACAUUUCGGCAAUUUUUGUCACGACUUGAUUGCAGAAUUCUGUAUAUGCAAUUUCAGUGUAAGGUUUUUUGCAGAAUUGUUUGCAGAAAUCUGCAGAAUCCGGUUUGCGUAAGCUCACUUAGUGAGCUUACGCAAACCGGAUUCUUUAUUUACGCAAACCGGAUUCUAUUUAAGUCGGCGCGACGGCAGCUCUGUGACCUCGCGCCCUCCCGGGUUGUCGGAAUUUUGAACAACGUCUAAGAGUCUAUUCAAUUUUCAUUUUAAAGUCAAGAACAAGAUUACUAAACCAUGAAGGCCUCAACGUCGCCGCGUGUGACUGCUGUACAGCGGAGUUUGCCUAUCAAAGCUACUCUGUUGAUGGUGGCGUACCUCCUCUUCACAAGGGUCAGCGCAAAUACAGUCUGUAGCCCUGCGUCAUUGCGAAUUUGGGCACGGGACUACCCGAUGAGUGGCUCAGUUGCCGAUAGGCGUAUGGCGCUGCCAUCCACGUGCAUCGUAAGUACUUUGAGAGACAAGUCUUAUGAAUUUGUGAAGGAUGUUAGGAACGCGUGCAGGACGUGUACCACUGAGAGAGAGAUGGCUGUCAAGACGAAAGAUAUUAUCGUUGUGGCCAAGAAGACCCCCGGAGCUCUGACCUGCGGUUGCCACUUCGCGUGCAUCAAGUGUCUGACCAAAGGCGAGGACUGCGCUGCGGGACUUGGUGGAUGUGCAAUCCUGGCGCACGAGGUAAGGUACAGAACGUCGGAACUGGCCAAACUGACUAGAGCCUCCGCAAACUGGUGUGCCACUCAAUGUGAGAAGAGAAUCACGGAGGGGCGGUGCACAAGCAGAAGGCUGGUUAAUAUCUAGACUUAGAAACGGAUAUGGUUAGUGAUUACUGUCAAGCGCAACAACCUGGAUCAUCCGAAGGUAGACGAAGGGCUCAGGUGUGAGUGUGAGUAUUGUCCUAUGAAACGAAUGGUGUGGGACCGGGUGUAUUCUUCUUCGUAAUGAUGACUUGCUAUGUAGGACUGAACUUUCACUUCCUAUUGAUGAUUUACUAUUGUUUGUA